AUGCAGAUCCCUGCCACGAUGUCUCUGCUGCUUGUGUCUGUGGGCCUCAGGGCCAUACUUCAGGUCCAGAGCCACUCCAUCAUCUUCUCUCAAGAAACACCCCUGGACAUGGCCCCCGCGUCCUUUGACGACCAGUACGCCGGCUGUGCGGCGGCCAUGCGGGCGGCGCUCCCGGAUCUCAACCGCACGGAGUUCGAGGCCAACAAGGUGUACGCGGACGGCUGGGCCCAGGCCAGCGCGCAGUGGCGGGAGCGCGGCGCCGGGGACGCGGCGUGGGGUCCGGGAUCGCCGGCCGGUGCCCGGGACGCGCCCCCGGGCUUCGGCGACCUGCACGCCGUGGCGCUCCUGGCCUACACGGCCAACAGCCCCCUGCACCGGGCCUUCAACGCGGCGGUGCGCGACGCCGGCCGCUCCCGGGAGCACUACCUCCGCCGCUUCCCCUUCAAGAGCCUGCACUUCCUGCUCACCGAGGCCCUGCAGCUGCUCGCGGCCCGGCGCGCGCCCCGCUGCCGCCAGGUGUACCGGGGGGUGCACGGCCUGCGCUUCCGGCCGCCGGGGCCCGGCGCCACCGUGAGGCUGGGGGGCUUUGCCUCGGCGUCCCUGCGGAACGCGGCGGCGCAGCAGUUCGGCGAGGACACCUUCUUCGGGAUCUGGACGUGCCUGGGGGCGCCCAUCCAAGGUUACUCCUUCUUCCCCGGCGAGGAGGAGGUGCUCAUCCCGCCCUUCGAGACGUUCCAGGUGGUGAACGCCAGCCGCGCCGGCCAGGGCCCCGCGCGCAUCUACCUGCGCGCCCUGGGCAAGAGCAGCACGUACAACUGCGAGUACGUCAAAGACAAGUGCAGGUCUGGGCCCUGCCCACUGGAUAGCUCAGCCCCGGGCCAGGGUUCCCUCUCCACAGUCUGCUGUCUCCUGCCAAUGCUCUGGCUCCUUGUGCUGGGGGCCCUCCUGUGACCCACCAGAUGCUGAAGAGCCCCACCUGCACCUCUGACACCCUGAGGAUGCUGGUCACUUGUGUGCUUCACAUACAGCCAGGAACCCCGGCGAACCCCUCUGCAGGAAACUCUGGGACCUUCUCUGACAGCCGCUGGACUUGCCAGGGGAGACACAGGAGAGAACGUCGGGACGGAGCCUAAUCUCAGAGUCGCCGGACUCCAGAACAGGUGGCCACUCCGUUUGGUGACAGAAGACUUGAACUCGUUGGGGGGAUGACGGAGGCGAGUACUUGACCGUAGGACUUGCUGGGGUCACUCACAUCCCUCACAUUCUCACCAGACGAGCUCUCAUUCCCUCCUCCAGGAAACCUUCCUGACCUCUGCCUCUGUCUGCUUCCCAUGUCAGACUGUGAGCUUCUCAGGGGCCCAGACUGGGUCCGAAGCACAGUGAUGGCACCAGGAACUGCGUGAAAGUCAGGAAGCAACCAAUGCCCAUGAAGGAAUGGUGCCUGCACUGCCCCUACCUGGGACAGCAGCACUGUUAAGUGUGUUGGAUGGAGUGACCGCAUCUAACUCCGGGGACAGACAGCGAGGGGAAAUGGCAGAGAGAAAGCUCUAGGUCCUCUCCUAGGGUGCCAAAUUCUAGUCCUCCUAUGGUCAGCAAAGAUGUGCUUUCUAUUCUGAUCUGUGAGUUCUGAGGUUCCUGCCUGCAGAUCUUCAACUUCCACGUAUGGGUCUCAUGAGGAGGACAUCGAGGAGGCAGUAGGCACACGCUUGCUUCAUUAUGGACUGAGGCUUUAGGACCAAAUGUCUGCACGGCCUCCUGCUUUGGAAACUCCACCAGGAAUCUCCUUCUGUAGGUGCCUAGGCAGGGAUGAGCAAGGCAGGGUCCCUGUAACCAUCUCAGCUAAGAGCACACCUUUGAUUAUUUUUCAUACUUUCAUUUAUUAUUUGCAAAAGAGGGGCAGGUAGAGAGAGAGAGA